AUGACCAGAAGAGGCACCUCUUUGUCAUCUCUGGACUCUUCCUUGCAGCAUGUAGAGGAAGAAGAUGACAAUUCAGACAGCAGUACAAGCAGCAGCAGUAGUUCUUCCACUGAUGGGGCGUGGAAAAAAAAUACUCGGCAGCACAGGACACGGCAGAGGCAGAAAGCCCAAUCUCGGGGCAAAAAAUCUAACACGCGAUACAAUGCCAAAGAAUCCACAGCUGAGGAAUCUAGCAGUAAUGAGGAGGAAGAUGAAGAGGAAGAAAUGGACGACAACAGCACCAGUGAUUCAGACAGUGAUAGUGACAGUGAGGUUACUUUGCCAAGACAAAAAUCAAAAGCCCAAACUGCUCUUGGCAUUGGUAAAUAUGGCACAAGACAAUCAGGGAAAAGAACCACUAGGAACCAAGGACGACAGACUGUACAUUAUCUGGAAGAUUCAGAGGAAGACUAUGAGGAUGAGUCGUGUGUAACCAUGAGCAGCAGAGGUCGUAUUCGACGAUUGACAAAACGUGCUCGUGCUAAUCUUUUAGGCAACUGA